GAUUCUUUUCCUUACCUCAAACCAUACUCUUGGUUAACAUUUGCCCGUCCCAACUUGUUAAACAAGUUUCUUUUAAAUCUUCAAGUAUUCUUAACCUAAGCCAGCUACACAUCUUCGAGAAUAUCCAGGAUGCAAUUCAUUUGACAGGGACCAGACACAGAGCAGCGUGGAGGUGGACAGGCUGGCCUUCCUCACAGUAGUGAUGUAUCAGCCGGGUAUCCUGGGUAGAAGAAAAUGUUCCUGGAAACCAUGGAUGGUUGCUCUUACUACCACAGCAGUUUUGUUGGUUUUGGCAAUAAUCAUUGGUCUCCUUGUUUACUUUUUGGUGUAUGAUCAGAAGAGUCAUUACUACCAGGGCUCCUUCUGGAUUCCCAGCAUUACAUAUAGCCCAGAUUUAUCUGUAGAACAGUCAAGACAUCAGAGAAACCUGAAACAAAAACUCAUCAAUGAGAUAGAUGUGAUAUUUCAAAGAUCGAGUUUAAAGUAUCAUUAUGUCAAAUCUCAUGUUGUCAACUUCAGGCCAAGUCAUGAUGGUUUGAAAGCAGACAUACUGAUUAAAUUUCAGUUUCCCCAUUACAAUGUGGGCACUCUGAAAAAACAAGCUGAUAGCAUUUUAUAUAAGAAGUUGCAAUCCACCCAGAGCUCCUUGAAGAGAGACGUUUCAUUACCUCAUCUUAGAGAAAUUAAUGCUGCACAAGCAGAGAAUAUUCUAAACAGUGACUGUGGCUUGGGGAUGGAGUAUCCACCAACAGCAAGAAUUGCUAAUGGCAAACCUGCAGACAAAGCUUCCUGGCCAUGGCAAAGCAGCCUUCAGGUGGACGGAAUCCACUUCUGUGGUGCAUCUCUGAUUGGCUCCCAGUGGCUCCUGACCUCUGCUCAUUGCUUUGAUACUUACAAAAACCCCAAAUUGUGGACAGUCAGUUUUGGAACAACCCUCAGCCAUCCACUGAUAACAAGAAAGAUUGCGUCCAUCAUCAUUCAUGAGAACUACGCAUCCCAUAAACAUGAUGAUGAUAUUGCUGUGGUCAAGCUCUCCAGGCCCGUCCUGUUUUCUGAAAACCUGCGAAGAGUCUGUCUCCCCGAUACUACCUUUCAAGUCUCGCCAAAGAGUAAAGUGUUUGUCACUGGAUGGGGUGCCUUGAAAGCGAAUGGUCCUUUCCCCAACUCUCUGCAAGAAGUUGAAAUAGAGAUCAUAAGUAAUGAUGUUUGUAACCAAGUAAAUGUAUAUGGUGGUGCUGUCUCAUCAGGAAUGAUAUGUGCUGGGUUCUUGACAGGAAAACUAGAUGCCUGUGAGGGCGAUUCUGGAGGGCCCCUGGUUAUUUCACAUGAUAGAAAUAUCUGGUAUCUUCUUGGAAUUGUUAGUUGGGGAAUCGACUGUGGAAAAGAAAACAAGCCCGGAAUUUACACCAGAGUGACUCAUUAUCGGGACUGGAUUAAAACUAAAACAAACAUCUAAUGCAACAGCCACCUCUUAUUCAAACUGGAGUGUCACUCAUGGCCUCUGGCAAAUUAUAUCCAUUGUUCACUGCCAUGAACAUGGUCAUCUAGUUCAAGAUGCAAAUGAUCAUGAUAUGAUGACCUUCUUAAAUUAGAAGGGGACAGACUUUCUUUCCCACCAAACAUGAAUACAAAAGAUGCUGUCUGCUCCACAAAAACCUACCAUCCCACAACGUGUCUGAUUAUCUCCCUGGUCACCUCUGUUCUCCCAAUUCAUAUUUUUUCAACUUUCAGUAAUUGGGAAGUUGAAUAAAUACUAACUGAGCAGUCAUUCUCUGCUUCUCUCCAGACCCUUCUUUUGCUGCCUCCAUUGUUUUUGUCUUCUUCAUAGAAAAUUUUCACUGGCAAUUGAUUCAUUGACUAGGCAAGCCAAGUUAAUUUGUCUAAGUCAAUGGUGACAAAAUGAUGGGGAAAGCACUAGAUGUGCGACUAGGACAUAGGGGAUGGCAAUGAACAGGUGCAUUCCUUUUCAUCCUCAGACAUUCAUUUAAUCUUUCUCUGAAAUUUUGUAUUUAUGCUUGUGCAUAUUUUGCUUAGGCAAUUUAGCUGAUAAAUAUUUUGAAGCAGUGCAUGAGUUUUUAAUAACAUAGGAGGAGAAUUAUAGAAAUUUAUUCAUACAAAAACAUGUACAUACUUGGGAAUUAAAAGUGAGGUUUUUGACCUCUUCGCUAAUGAAAUGCAAAUGGACAAGAGUCUAAUAAGGUUACUCUCAGUUCCCUGUCAAAAAUCAGAGAUGUGUCAAUACUUGUAUAAAUUUAUUUUUCAAUUGUACCUUAUAGUUUCCUAAUUCAUUCUAUUUAAAGUUUUAUUUUCAACCAGAUUUAGAACAAUUAAAUGCCUAUGAGACAGGAAGCCAGAAUAAAUUGAUUCCAAGAAAAUAUAGAUACCUGACAUGUGAAGCUAAAGUACCAGUAGACAUCUAUAAAAUAUUUGAUAUACAGUGUUAGUAAGGAUGUUGUUGCACAAUAUUAGAAUUUAUCGUUAAAUAUCAUGUAUAUUCUACAAUAAAAUAUUUAUGUAAAAUAACCAGGAAAGCAUCUUUGAAAUACAUUAGUUUCCAUGACAUAAUUGGCAUUUUCACAUGUACUUAGUUGCACAUUUUGUAGUCUCACCUGCAAGUACAGAGUAGUAUCAAAGCAAACCCAGAAUUACUCUGUGCAUCUUGAUGUUCUCUCUAUAACAAUGAGUUGACUGCUAUGUUAAGGUUUUCAUCAGGGUUUUGUAUCGAGUCUUGCCUGACAUAUCACACCGUACAUAUUUAACGUUAUUUAUGAUAAUAAACCAAGUUUUUUCUCUCUGA